AUGUUAGAAAAAGAGUAAUUAAAACCUUAAGCAGAAAGACUGCUAGAACCUAAAUAGACCUCUCUACUGCAAGAACUAAAACAAUAGAACUCAGAUGACAAAGUUAAUUAUAACAAAACCCUUUAUAAAAACUAUGUGAAUCUGGCAGAUAUCAACAUAAUUGAAGAUGGUGAGCUAUUAUCAAGCUACACCAAAUAUUUAUAAGCUGGAGACUUUUAGCUAGUAAAGAACUAAACCUAAAUUUUUAUCAACGGUAGAGCGAAUAAUGAUAAUGCUGACUUUGCCUAACUGAGAGACGCCAAGACAUACGAGGAAAUUAAAUUGAAAAUCCUUGACAGAGAAAAUCAUGAUCUCACCUCAUAAAAUCAGACUAGAAGUUAUAACAAAUUUCAGAUCUCUCCCUGCAGAGAAUAUUUACUUUACAGCGUUAAAAAGAAUAAGAGUGAAACCAACGAUCUAGUAAUCUGCAUUUAAAAGAUUGAUGACUUCUUUGAUGACAAGGAACCAGUUGUAAAGAUCAUAUCAUAGAAAUUUCCAUUUAUGUUCAAGAAUAUAUUUUUUGGGCCAUUAAAUUAUAUUAUAUUCUCACAAUAAGAAAAAGACCGUUACGGAGAUCAGAAAAAUAAUGAAAAAAGUUGCAUGCUUUUUAAAUGCGACUAUAAUAGCUUUGAUUCAUCCACAACUUAAGUAUUUGACUUAGAUGAAUGGUAUAAAAAUAUACCAAAAAGAGAUAUUGGAAUAGAUGAACCCUAGAUCUAUAUUUCCCCUGAUGGAAUUUUGAAAAGUAUUACUGGUUACCCAGAUUUUGAGAACAUUGAUAAUUGA